GAGCGAUGGGCGACUGGAGCUUCCUGGGGCGGCUGCUGGAGAACGCGCAGGAGCACUCCACGGUCAUCGGCAAGGUGUGGCUGACCGUGCUGUUCAUCUUCCGCAUCCUGGUGCUGGGGGCGGCGGCCGAGGAGGUGUGGGGCGACGAGCAGUCGGACUUCACCUGCAACACGCAGCAGCCGGGCUGCGAGAACGUGUGCUACGACCGCGCCUUCCCCAUCUCGCACAUCCGCUUCUGGGCGCUGCAGAUCAUCUUCGUGUCCACGCCCACCCUCAUCUACCUGGGCCACGUGCUGCACAUCGUGCGCAUGGAGGAGAAGAAGAGGGAGCGGGAGGAGGAGGCGCUGCGCAGGGACAACCCCCAGCGCGGCCGCGAGCCCGCGCGCACGGCCAGCCCCCGGGACCCGCCGCUGCGCGACGACCGCGGCAAGGUGCGCAUCGCGGGCGCGCUGCUGCGGACCUACGUCUUCAACAUCAUCUUCAAGACGCUCUUCGAGGUGGGCUUCAUCGCGGGCCAGUACUUCCUGUACGGCUUCCAGCUGCAGCCGCUCUACCGCUGCGACCGCUGGCCCUGCCCCAACACGGUGGACUGCUUCAUCUCCAGGCCCACGGAGAAGACCAUCUUCGUCAUCUUCAUGCUGGCCGUGGCCUGUGCGUCACUGGUGCUCAACAUGCUGGAGAUUUACCACCUGGGCUGGAAGAAGCUCAAGCAGGGAGUGACCAACCACUUCAGCCCAGGUGCCUCGGAAGUCAGGCACAAGCCCUUUGACCCCCUACCCCCGGCCACCAGCUCUGGCCAACCCAGCGUCUCCAUUGGGUUCCCACCUUGUUAUACGCACCCUGCCUGUCCCGCAGCACAGGCAGGGUUUCCCGGGACCCCGCUACCACCAGCAGACUUCACAGUGGUGACCCUGAACGAUGCACAAGGCGGAGGCCAGCCUGGCAAGCGCUGCAAUGGCCACCACCUGAUGACAGAGCAGAACUGGGCCAGCCAAGGGGCAGAGCAGCAGACUCCAGCCAGCAAGGCCUCUUCGGCAGCGUCCAGCCCUGAGGGCUGCAAGGGGCUCACGGACAGCAGCGGCAGCAGCUUGGAGGAGGGUGCCUUGGUGGUGACGCCAGAGGAGGCCACCACAGUGGAGAUGCACUCUCCACCCUUGGUCCUCCCAGACCCAGGAAGGUCCAGCAAGUCCAGCAGCGGGCGUGCCAGACCGGGUGACUUGGCCAUCUAGCCAUCGUCUCCCCAAGACAGCUUUAUAAACCUUCUCUUUUCCACCUUAGAAACCAAAAACCAAAAUGCAUUUCAAAUCAGCAGAUAGGGAGAGAAAAAGCCUGACAGCGCUGGGGUUCCUGGAGGGAGACACUGAACAAGCCAGAUCAGGUGUCUGGUUUAAUGUUUGCUGUUCUUGUCGCUGUGGGGUAUAGUGGGGGUGACACCAGCGUGUCUGAGGUUGAGAGGGGGCAGGGUUGUUGGCUUUUAAAGAUGCUCCCAGCAGCGGUAGCUCUUGGACUCCUUCAUCUGCAGUUACUCUUCUGCCGAGAUAAAGCAACAGGUGUUUGCAGCCCUCCAGUGGGGGACAAUUGGGUUUCCAUUCCUAAGCUCUCCACGCAGCCCAGAGAGUCACAGAGGCACUUAGCUCUAUCUCUGUUUGAUACUUUUAACUUAGAGUUGAAUUUCAUUUUGGGAUAUUUGCCAAACUGUACUAAAAAAAGAUUUAGAGGGAAUCUUUCUAGUGUCAUUUGAGUUUCUGGAAUUGCAUGUGCAGGCUGCAGGACAAAGCGUCAAAGAGCCGUCUCCCUCCAGUGGUGGCUCUACGGGACAGGGCCACAGACCUCACUGGCAGAGGCAGGUGAAGGCACAGAGACCCUGGAGAGCCCUUCAGCAGGUGAGGGAAUGGCUGUGUGGCAGCUAUGCCGUAGGUAUUGAUUCUUUGGUGACAUUUUGUGCUUAGCCUGAAUGGUAAAGGUUUUUGCACCCCUCCCUCCCCUCCACACACGUAUUUUAUCUCUCAUUAAAAAGAAAAAUAUAGCACUGUUAAAAAUUACUACUGUUCAGGAAGCUGCUUAAUUAGUUAAGAUUUUGAACUUUCCCUUACAACAAAUUCACCUUCCGUGUCAGCUGACUAAUCACUGUGAGGAUGUCUAGAUAAUAAAUUAAUCACUGUGAGGAGGUACGAUAGAUAAAACUCGGGGGGGUUCACGUGCGUUUUAAAUACUUGAAGUUUUAAAGUUUCUGAGUGGGAGGUUCACCACUAUUACCAGGAAAAAUAUUUAUGCAGAUGACUCACUGAUGACCUACACCAAAAGAGAAUACGAAAUAAAACACUUCAAG